CUCUCUGUGGAAGCACAUUGUUCAACGCGGGCUCAUUUUACCCACAACCAAUGAGUGCUUUGGUGCAUUUUACCCACUGAAAAUUAAACACUGUCUGGGAGAGAAAAAGGUGCAGGGAUCCGAAGACGGCGGGAAGCAGACCAAGAACAUUUUGUUUCCUUCUGAUUACAGCUGAGAAGAGUUGAAAGAUUUUUUUUCCCCCUUCUUCUUCUUCCCCCGGUAGACGAAACGUCGCUCUUGUCGCUAAUUAGACCCCUGCUUGUUCAGUGGUGUGCGUGGUAAAGAUGACGGAGUAUAAGCUGGUGGUGGUGGGAGCUGGAGGCGUGGGCAAGAGUGCACUCACCAUCCAGCUCAUCCAGAACCACUUUGUGGAUGAAUAUGACCCCACCAUAGAGGACUCCUACAGGAAACAAGUUGUGAUCGAUGGGGAGACCUGCCUGCUGGAUAUCCUGGACACUGCAGGUCAGGAGGAGUACAGCGCCAUGAGGGACCAGUACAUGAGGACAGGGGAGGGUUUCCUAUGUGUCUUUGCCAUCAACAACACCAAGUCUUUUGAGGAUAUUCACCAGUACAGAGAACAAAUUAAACGCGUAAAGGACUCAGACGAUGUUCCCAUGGUGCUUGUGGGAAACAAAUGUGACCUUCCGGCACGCACAGUGGACACAAGGCAAGCCCAGGAACUCGCCCGCUCCUACGGCAUCCCUUACAUAGAGACCUCUGCCAAGACACGACAGGGAGUAGAGGACGCCUUCUACACACUGGUCAGGGAGAUCAGACAGCAUAAACUGAGGAAGCUGAACCCACCUGAUGAAAGCGGUCAGGAUUGUAUGAGCUGUCGCUGUGUGGUAUCGUGAUGCAGCUGACUGUUGGACGUCAAGGAGAAAUGCUACAGGGCGUAGUGGCAGCAUGGACUUACAGAUAGAAAGAUAAAACAACUCAAUGAUGAAAUGUAAACUUUUUCAAAAAGAGGAUGAUUGAAGCGAACGCUCUCAAGGAAACCACAAGAGCUGACUGAACCAUAGACCUUUAUGGAAAGGAGGAUUUUGGAUUGUUGCCUAAGUGGCUAGCCGAACUAGCCUGGUCUGGUCCCUGUUUUUUUGGUCCACACGUCGACCUGUGAGCAACACCACUAAUGACUCUUUGUCAACUCCACUGUGGUCUCGCUGGGUAGCUCCACAAGUUUUCUGCUAACUUAUUGUUUUCAGUCUCAACACUGGUCUUAAAGGGGGUGUCACCAACCACCCUCCCACCUUGAAAGCCUAAUUCCACUCCCCCUGCCUGACCACUGGAAGGACUGAGUGACUUAAAUGGAAAGGACUGGAAUGGACAUUUAGUUACCCCAACACCUCUUACAUAAAUAUACAUCUCCAUCCCACUCCACCUGCCUUUGGUUUCCCUUGAAUGGCUGCGUAGUCCCUUCAUUAUACUGAAUACAGGGGGUGGAGGCUGAUGUGGGAAUUAUUUGUUGUUGUUGUUUAACAGUUAGCUUAGUUGUAAAAGUCCUUGAUUUUGUUUUUGAUAUGGAACUUUUUUUUGUGAUUGGAGGAUUUUAAAGUCACUGAGCACUAUGUGAGCAAGGUUGUUUAUUUCAAAAGGCACCUGGUUUGACAUUUUUCAUGACCUGCCUGAUGUAGUUUAAAUUCCUUUUCAAGGUAGAUAUCUUGAAUGGAGAAUAUAAAGAUAGCUGAAUUAGAUUAGAUGAAUUUCCAGACUGCAGCUGCCUUCUCUCCUUACAGAUGUUUCUUUGCUAAGAGUUGUCUUUGUGGAAUAAUAAUAGUAACGGCUAGUGUACGUAGGUUCUGGUGCAAUAGGAUUCUUUGCUGUCCAAUUUACACAAAGUAUUGGGAAUAAACCACCUCUCAUGACUACUUGUUUUCCUGUUUUACUUUGGUUUAGGAAGGAGAGGUACCGUGCAUGAAAAUGUAGUUGUUGUCAACCUUGCAGUUGCUGAAGCUGGAGAGGUUACCUUCAAAAUGGGAGAAAAGCCCUACCUGUGUACAGUUAUACAGUGGGAGAUUAUGGUUUUAGCCAAACUGACCAGUUGAUUUUUUUCCCCUGCUUUCAUUUCAGUAAUUGUACGGUUUGCAACUCUUAUUUACUACAUAGUGGAAACAGUUAUUUUUAGAUUGUAAGAAUCGCUCCUUGUGGUUAAUAAGGCUCAGGAAUCAGGAUCCAGGGAGGUCUCCUCUAACAUUCCUGGAAACCAGGGUUAAGGAUGUCACCGGUUAGCUUUGCAGAGUGUAACGCACAAGUCCUGCCUCAGAGUUGAACUCCGGUUUUCUCACACACCAUGCUAUCCUCAGAAUGCUCCUCUUUCUCUGCCACCUCAGCUCUUCAGUGGAACAAUAACAGGUCAGGUGCUAAUCAUGUCAGAACCAUAUAUGUGGGACUGUUGUGUGUAAUACGUGAUGGAUUUUGGGGUAUCAGAGCGCAUUGCUUUGUCUCUUAACACUGACUAGCUUGUGCUCUCCACAACUGCAUUAAUUUGCUGCCUAAAUGAAAAAGACUGCUCUGUGUUUACUUGGCCUUAUGUUUAGCUAGUUUGUACCUCAUGUAUGCAGCAAGCUCUACCUGAGACAAUUACAUGUUCUGUCUGCUGUGUUGUUUUGUUUAUGUUUGUGUGUGCAACUAAAAACAAAUAUAGAAGUGUGUUGAUUUUAGACAUGCGCUGUACAGAAUUUCAAAGACAAGACAAGCCCCUAAAAACACUACACUGUUUUGUUUUUGUUUUUUUUUUAUUAAGGGGGUUCUCUGUAAAGGCCUGUGAGUCUGAAUGUGAUUCUGUUUAACACGACUGAAAAACAAAGCAAAUUAAAGAGACUUCCUUAGACGACACCCAGCAGAUGCCAAGCUGUCUUGCUCCCAUGUUUCUUCCCCAUUACAUUGCAACAUAUGAUGGUAAUUACUAGAAACUGUAACCUUUAAAUCCAGAUUAUACUUAAACAGUUAACAGAAUUGGUCGUGUAUAAUAAUGUAUGGAGUUGCAGACACUACAGGCAGGUUUUGGCAAUGAGCUUCAGAUGCAAACCUCAAAAACGUCUCUGACCUGUUCUAUGAAAGUCACCAAAUGUUAUUUUGCCAUUGUCUCUUUUCAACUGGAAAAAAGUUUUUAUUUUUAUUGAUUUUGUACAGCUAAAGUGACUCUUAUCUCACUUAUAACAUGGCUUAAAAUAUGUGAUCCAUCUGGUUACUGUGCGGAAGAUAGUGGUCAAGUUGUUCUUAUCAGUUAACUGUUCAUUUCCCUGCUUACAGGACAGAUAUGAACUGUGAAUGUGUCUGAGUCUUUAGAUAUUGUUUGAACGAAACCUCGUGUUUAAAAUUUACAAUACUGAAAUAAUGCAGGGGUUGGUCCCACUAUGGGCUGUGCUGUUCCUAAUUUUUAUUUUUCACCAUUGUACUCAAAUCAUUUAAUGGAAAAAGAGCGUGGAGUUUGUAACAUGUAAUUACAGUCCUAAUAGUAUGCUUGUCCUCUCCCUGUCAAUCUUCAAACAGUACAUUCAUAAUAAUGCCAUAGAAUUCCACAAAUCUAUGCAUUUAAAUUCCCAUUGCAUUAGAAAAUCAGUGUCAUGUGUCCGCAGGGAUACUCCAGCCAGCAAACCACAAGUAUAUAUGUCAGAAAACCUGGCGAGCAUGACAAAGACUGUACGGACCAUUGGGAGUUUUGCACAAGGAUACAGUGGGUUCAAGGGCUUGUUUCUCCCCUUGCAAACUGUGGAAUGGAGGUGUGGAAGGAAUUUGUGAAAAUGUCAACUGUUUAGCUAUUUAAGAUGUAUUUACUCUUUGAAAAUGUGGCAAAUGUAUUGCAGGACAGGAAUAAAGAUGU